CCGACGACCUCAUCGCCUUCCCCUCGCUCCAGAUCGAGCAGCAGGUCCGGAUCCACGACCAAGGCGGCGCGAGCGCCCCGAUGUGCAGGUUCAAGCCGCGUGAAGAGGGUGCUCGUUGCGGCUCUAACCCUGGUGCCAACGCCAUGAAGAAGGAGAACAUCUCUCCUGUUCGUGAAGCAUCCCCAACCCUAGCCCUUCUUUGCCCAUGAUGACCGAGCAGACAGGAGGUACUAAUCCCUCCACUUAUCUGGUUUUCUUCACCCCUUAUGUGAUGCGUGCUAUCUACUUUUGUGCAUGUUUCAUGGAGAGGAGAAGCUGCUUCAAUCCCAUCUACUGAAGGAGGAUGCCCACCAUCCAAGGUGCUCAACAUCAUCACCAUUUGUUGCCUGCCAAGGCAUAAACCACUACACAGCAUUAUAUGCUAGGAACGACGGGAUGCACGUUAGGAAACUUGUCAUGAAUGAUGCUUCAACGGAUGCUGCAGUCAUCUCAACUGCUCAGUCAUGAUGAAAAAACAUAUGAUAAUCCCCAUAAUCCAGUGUCAAUAUUACUGAUUUCUGCAUGUGCUAUGCAGCUUACAGGCAUGGAAAGAAAAUAGGAAAAAUGAUAUACUUGCAGCUUCAGGUUCAAUUGAUAAUACACAAAUAUUUGUCUACUUUCAGGCAGCAUUGAGUUGGCUGCACAUAGUUAGUUCCCUAGGGAAUGUUCAGUCUGGUGAAACAUGUUAAAAAGAAGUAUGGAAAUCUGCCUGUGUUCAUUACUAAGAAUGGCUUGAUAGGUUGGAAAAUGUCUUCAAGAUGAUAAGAGGAUACAGUACCACAACGUAUACAUGUUAGAUGCUAUAAGGUGAUUUAAUUUCUCUGUGCAUAUGCUAGAACUGAAUGACCAACACUGAGCAUCAUCAAUGUGUGCCACUGUAAUCGCUGACCAGAUUUGUACUUAAGUGCUCGAUAUGCAGCCUGAACUACUGCAAGAAAUAGGGCUGCAACAUCUGCGGUUACUUGUGUGGUUCUGACUAUCCAUGUUUAUAUUUAAAUGUCAUCAAGAUCAGUAUGGAUGUGGAGCCAUGGUUCUGCUCACUAGCGACAAUGUGUAUUCUUGCAGUUAGAAUGGAGUUGUUUUAAAUACUAGACUACCUACAGGACUGAGCACCCCAGGUGCGGAGGAUAGUUCUUCCGAUUAAUCGUCGUGUUGAGGCAAGUGCACGACGGACCUUUUCUCCGUAUACUUCACUGUGUUGUUGACGUAGGUCUAUGAAAAUGAGUUGAGUAGUCUGAUUAGAGGAUGACGGAGGACGUCGAGAUUUUGAUCCAGUAGCCUUGCCCCCUUCUCGUUCGGCGUUCCACCUGCAGGAGGUUACGUUCGAGAUCUUCAGAAUUUUUAGAUGGAACCAGCUGCGCCCCUCUCCCAAGAGUUGCAGAUCCAUGGCAGCAGCAGCGAGAGGGACCAGGCUCAUACUUUGUGCAGAAAGGGAAAAUAAACAUCAAUGUUCUGAAUCAAGGCACUAUUGAGCUUUGCCACUAUGAUUCCAAACUACAUUUUUGUUCUUCAAAGUGCACCUAUGAUUUGCUGCUGGUAACAGAUGCUCAAAUGGUCGAGCAUGUAUGGAGUCACUUGCAGGACACUCGAGGAAGAGCUGGUUGAUGCUGGGCUCAAUUCUGAAACUAUAGCAGAGCUUGUCACUGCGUAUUCCACCGCUCCGUACGAUGGCGGGUCGCGAAGGACCCUUGCCACCGGGGAAGAAGACGGUGGUGCCUCAGGGAGUCGGCCGCCCUGGGACUGUGCCGCAGCAGGGCAGCGGCGGAGGCCGCGGCGCUGUGCUGCCGCUAGCCGCGGGGGCUGGUAUGCUUCCUUCGGCCACUGGCAGUGGCCGCGGCGCUGCGUUGCCGGUGCCUGGGGCUGGCCGCGGGGGAGUGCUUGCUCAGCCCGCCGAUAGGGGCUUGGCUCCGGUCGGAACUGCUGUGGGCCGGGGCGGUGUGUUGCCCGGUCCCAGACCGACGGCGCCAGCUCCGGUGGGUCAGCGGCCUCCGGCGCCGGGUGCUUCAGGAACCAGCAAUGCGGGCCGGGGAGGUGCUGCGCUGCGGCCCCCUGCUCCGGGGUUGCAGACCGGCCAGCCGAGGCCAGCACCGCCUCCUCACCUCGUCGCCAGGCCUCUGCAAAUCAGAGCCGGGACGGUGCAGCAACAGGCAAUUCCAACGACUCAAGCCACAGUUGCGCCUUAGGGUCAGUGGGGUGAUGAUGGGGUCAAUGCGUAUGGAUCUGGUAAGCACCGUGGAUCCUCAUCGACUGGCGGCGGUCGAGGCUAUGCUUGGCAGAGCGAUGGCUCAGCGGAGCGCCCGUUCAUGGGGCCCCCAGGAAGUUUUGUUGAGGGGGCGUCUGGCCCUGGUCUCCGGCCGCGGGGUGGUUUCCGCGGUCAUCGUGGUGGGCGUGGGGGUCGAGGUGGCCGGUACCGCCCACGACCGCAUACUACGUCUGUGAUUGAUCCGAUGGUGGUUGAUGGGGCUGUUGAGCAGCAGGUUUUGACUGGCCAAGCAUUGGAGGUGGUCUCGGCGCUUGCCAAUGCUGAGAUUCCCGGGAAUGAAUCCGGGUUGACUGUGUCAGUGGAGGAUUCUUCUAGGGCUGAGUCUGAAAGAGCAUCCAAAUAUGCGCGCAAGAAAGAGAAAAUGCUUUGUUAUCGAUGUGGUGGUAAGGGACAUUUUAUUGCUGAGUGUGUGGCUGAGCUGUGUGGCACUUGUGUCAAACCAGCACACGAUUCGGGGGACUGUCCAUUUCUGAGAGAUCAGGCACCAUCACUCAUGAUGCAUGGAGUGUACUGUGCUGAACUUACGUUCUUUGAAUCUCCAACGGAGAUGGAGGUUCCUGACGAGACUUUGAGUUUGACGACUGGGUUAGUUAAGAUUGCUAGAGGAGAGGUCUUGGAGGCACAGAUUAUUCAGAGGCUCAAGGAGUUAGCCCCUGGGGAUUUCAGGUGGGAGCUUGCUAGUGUCGAGGACAAACUGUUUCUGGUUGAGUUCCCGUCAGUUGAGGAACUUCAGAGACUACUGAGUUUCGGGAUGUGCAAGGUGCCAGGUACUGAUGGCAUGCUUGAGUUUCACGAGUGGAAGAGGAUUGAGCCUACGGGCAAGCCUCUGACUCAGGUUUGGCUGCGAUUCUCUGGGGCUCCAUCCAAGCUGAUGCGGGAUGCACGGGUAGUGGCCAGUUUGGGUAUCAUGGUGGGCAGACCAGAGCGCAUGGAUAUGGACUUUACCAGAGCCCACGGGAUUGCCCGUUUACUGGUCAGUGUGCUGAACAUCGAGUACGUCCCUGAGGUGGUUAAGUGGGCAUAUCGAGGCCACAUAUAUAACCUUGUCAUUGAGUUCGAGGAUGAGAGUCUGUUUGCCGAGGCGGCCAACGGGUCUGAUACUGAUAUGCACGAGGAUGAUGAUAGUUCGGCACUUAAGGAGGCACCAACAGCUGACAGUGGGCGUGAGUUGUCCACUCCGCAGGGUGCUGACUCUCACACGUCUGUGGAUGUGACGGCUCCUCCUUCUACAGUGCCUACGACUAUUCUCAGAUUCAGUUCUUUCGAGCCGGCAUCUGCACCCCCGAGACUAUGGAGUGAUCGGGUGGAGUCUGAUGAGGUGUUCGAGCACUCGCUCCCAGUUCUGGAGCUUGAGGAGCCAGUGAUUCCUCUUCUUGGGGAGUUGUCGAUCUCGGUCAGGGCUGAGGCGGAGGAGGUCGUUCUUGUAGGAGAGGGUCUGAAGCUGGUGACUUCGGAUUCCUCCCCUCUGGUCGCGAUUUCGCAGGUGCAGCCGAUGGUGCCGGCUGCUGAUGGGGGUGUGGGGCAGGUGGCCUCGGUGCCCUCAUCAGGGCCUGCGGUGGGUGAGCUACCGAUGGUGCAGAUUGAUUCUUUGGGAGGGAGGCCGAGGCUGCUAGAUCCGGCACCUUCUUCCCCUUUUACCGGGCCGGCGACGCUGGCGCCGGAGUCGCUUCUCGGAGAGGACUCGGGGAAGGUGGCCUCGGGGUCCUCUUCUCUUGUGGAGCCCAAAGGGGCUUGCUCGCCGAUGCCGCUGGUGCCGCCAGUUGGCCCUUGGGCCGGGGUGGAUGGGGAGCUCGGGCAGGAGGCCCUGGCUCCACCUUCCCCCGGCUUGGGGCACUCCAGUAGAGCUUCUCGGGAGGAGGUGAUUUCUUUCGGUGGUAUUCCGGAUCCGGUCUCUGAGGGGCAACGGUUGAGUAGCUGUUUCCAGGACCAUCCGAAAGUGGACGACAUUCAGCAGCGGUGCGCUAUGAGGGCGGCCAAGCUUCAUGACGUGGAGGUCACUACUGGUUUUAUUUCGGGCUACUGCGCUAAUCCGUAUGUGGUCCUUACUCACUCCGACGGAGGCCAGGGAGCGUUUGGUUACUGGAUCUGUCCGGUGGGAGAUGGUAGCACGGGAUAUCUUCAACCGGUUUAGAUGGCGGUCAUGUAAUAGAAUAGGCGAUUAGUUUACCUAUCUAUCUAUCUUAUGCCAGCCGGUUGUGACUUUUGGGCCUUUUUUGUUUUUCUAGCUCUUUGUGAGCCAGCCUACUUUUUUGCAGCAGAUUGCAAGACUUUGUUAAACUACUUUAUUUAUUUAUAAUUGUCGCCGUAUGCAUCGCUCUGAUGCAGAGGCCGGGGAGUCCCCCCUUUUCCAAAAAAAAUUGAAGCCAUAAUUUGAUUGAA